CGUCUUCAAGUAACUUAAAGAAGUCCAGACGCUUUUCUUUGCAAGCUCCUUUGACUCUCCUGCUGGGUUAUACCAGCUUACAUCCUCUUAGACCGGGACCAACUGUUCAAAUCCUCAGAGUCUAAAGAAUCCUGCAGACUGUGGAAUCUUCAGCAGAAUCCUCCAUGUCAUCCUGAAACCAAACUGACUGAAAGUGUGGAGCAGACACAGUGGACAGGAAUGCAUCCAGCUGUGUUUCCUGCAUCCUCCAGUCUGGAUUGUCCUGCAGUCACAGUGAAGGUGUUCAAUCCACAGUCUGCAGCACAGAACUGAAUGAAGCACAAGCUUGAAGAAAUUCAAUGAAGAGUUUAUGUUUAUAAUGCUGUGAGUGUGAAUGCUUGUCUGUCUGUGUGAGUUAACCCUGUAACAGACUGCCAACCUGUCCACGUGUUACUCCACAGAGUAACUCUGGUGGACAGAGCAGAGUGGAUGGGUUAGUCUGUUUUUCAUCUUGUCGUGAUCAAAACGAUGUACCAUUAAACAUGAAUGUGUUUACUGUCUAUACUCUGUACAGUAGAGCAGAGGCCUGUCAAAGACUCCUGGUGAUGUCUGGAAUAUGAAGAAGGGGAGGGACGUCAAGCUUUACUUAUAACUAUAUUUUAAAACUGUUCACAGUUUCCUUGCUGAUCAGGACCUCCUCCAUGCUCACUCAUACUAUUCCAGUGUUAUUAAGUGAUAGUUCAGCUGGUUACUGAUGCUUGUUUUGCACUAUCUGGAUAGAUUUUAUUUACAAUGGCUACACCCACCAAAGGGCGUUUUAUGUCAAUUAACAGAAACCUCGUAUAUAAAAGUGCUCUGGAACAAGGUGGGAGCUCGGCACAGCGUUCACAUCCCCAAAAAAGAGUGUUCAACAAUGAGCAGUCCCUAUUCACCGUUUCAGUUUAACUCCCGGGCAGCCCCACAAAUCAACCAAUCAACAUUCAGCAAUUGCUUCCGGUACAAUGGGAAGUCUGUGGGGUGAAGGCACGGGGAGCGCAUCUCGAUGUUGUCCAGCUGUUCUUCUGGUUAGAACUCCAUCAUCUGAAAUCUCAGGGACGUUUCUUCAUAUUUUGGAUCAAGGAAACUUUCAGCCUGUCAGAUCAGAUGUCUUCAAGAAGGAAACCUGCGAAUGCUGCAGCAUUUCUGAUAAUUCUGAUGAAAGUCUUUAGUGGUCUCGGUCUCUCGUGCCAUCAAGGAGAGUAUCAGAUAGGAAAUGAAUGCUGUCCAAAUUGUCUUGCAGGAAAUCGAGUGAAAAGUCACUGCACUGUAGAAUCAAGUACUUCCUGUCUGCCCUGCAUGACUGGAACCUACACUGAUCAACCUAAUGGACUGGAACGAUGUCAUCACUGUACAAUCUGUGACUCGGGUUCUGGUCUCAGAAUAAAGACACCGUGUACAGUAACAUCAGAUGCACUCUGUGAACCUCUGGAGGGAUUCUACUGUGUCCACCCUACAGGACACAGCUGUGAGAGAGCACAGGAACACAAACACUGUAAACCAGGACAGUACAUCAGUCAGAAUGGAACAGCCUCCACAGACACUGAGUGCUCUGACUGCAGCAGUGGAACAUUUUCAAAUGGAACAUUUCACUCCUGUCAGCAACACACACAAUGUCACUCACUCAACCUUCAGCAGAUAACAGCAGGAACAUCUGCAGCUGACUCUCAGUGUGGAGAAAAAAGUAAUCAUAUGACACUGGUUGUCAUUAUCACUGUGAUGCUCUCAGUAGUUGUCAUUAUUGCUGCAGUGUUAUUACUACGGCAUUACAAAAUGAAGGGGUUUUGGAGUGUAAAUACAGAAGAUGUUGUAAAAUGAUGACAUCCAAAGUGUGGACCAUCAUGAAGGACAAUAGACAGGAAACGAUCGGCUCUCUGCAGAAUAAACCUGUCCUAGAAGGAGGACGGUGACAGGUUGUGUUUGCAGUGGACAGAAAUAAAGAAGCUGAGCGUCCUGCAUCGCUCCGGUCUGGAUUAUGAUGAUUCAUAAUUCAGUUCAGGUGCUUCACAAACAAAAGCAAUUCCUUUGAAAAUCAUCAAAUACAAGGACUGCACUGAAAACAAGUGAGAAUUCAGCCAACUUCAGUAAUUCUCCAAACAUGGCUGCUGGUUAGUUUUCCACCUGUGUUUACGUCCAAAGAUCUACACAUCUGUAUGUUUCAGCUUUGUCCUUCUGUCACAACAUUGUUCAUCUUCAUCUUAACUUCCUGCUAGCUUCUAUCAUGGUUAAAGUUCAUGAGUCAUCGGGACAUCCAACAAUGAUGGUGUUACUGGAGCUGAGUGAAGUUUGAUGGCUUUAUUAUCCACGCUGUGACACAUGGCAGCUGUCACAGCAGAACACAUGAAGUCAGCAGGUGUGUUUAAAUUUAGGCUCUGCUUCAUCUGAAGGUCGAUUACAUCACACCAAGGCGACGAAGCCCAUCCAGAAUCCAAGGCUCCUACAAACGUGUCCUCCUUCUCCCUGGAUUUGAAGGACAAGUCGGUCCACCCGAUCCCAGGAUUCAUUGCAGCGUGGUGGUGGAACAUAAAUUUUGGUCCAGAGAUGGAGCAGCACUCUCUCUCUCUGAGUCUCUGAUGCUGUU